AUGCCACCUGGAGCUGUGCCACGCAGUCUUGAGAAUAAUCGGAUCGAGAUCCCUCAUUUGAGGAAAAUUUAUGAAGAUUUUAAUAAGCAAGUUAAAUUCGUAGCGUACCGCGAUCUAGAAGCACUCACCUUACCAUGUGCCGAGACACCGAGUCCCACGCGACGUUUUGCUGUUAGUGAAUCGUUACGACCGCCCAUUCCACCUGAGUUUUGUUCUCGUUGGAAUCGUGAGAUCGAUGAAACGAUUGCUUUGCUAACAUUACCGCAGGAGAGCAAAAGCCCAUUCUCAAAUUUCCGAGUCGAGGUAAAUGCCGACGCCACCGACUCCUGUGCUGUCGCAUGUUCCGAGGAACAGUUCUUCUCCGGUGUCAUAGACGGCGUCGAAUGGCUGGCGUCUUCUCGUCUCAGCCAGAGCCGAUUACGUCGCUCUGACGAACGUUCGUUGCGGAAUGCUUUAUGCAUGGCGGAUUAUUCCAAAGUAGAGCUGGACAGACUAUACGAAAGGAUUGCAAGGAAUGAGGAACUAAUAGCGUCUUAUGUUGAAGAAAACAAGGAACUAAAGCAAGAGUUGUUUUCGUUACGUGAGAGACUCCUGCGACACGAAGAACAAGAGGAGCAAAUUCUCAAAGUUGCAGAGCAGUUAAGACGCAGUGUCGUAGAACAGCGAUCUCCGGCUGGAGGAGAGGACCAUAAGUUGAAAGUAGAAAGUACGCCAACCACAAGGCGAUAUUCGAAAACCGACUUCAGGUCCUUGUUAUUUCAAUCGAGAGAUCACAAGAGGUUGAAGUCAGCACCGAGGAUUCUAAUCCAUAAACCAACAAAUCCUGUUCCAACAGCCGGAGUUCGAGUGAAAUCACAGAUACAUAAAGAACAAGUGGCGAAACUUGAGGGUAUUUGUGUUCCAACAGCCUGUGGAGGAACUGCAGUAGUGUUUAAGGAUGUUGAACUGGUCUCUCCCAGAACUCCAGAAAGCAAUCUUUGUAGAUUACGAUCUGUCGCAACCAAUUGA